UCAUGGGGACCGAGAUUCAGGCGCAGCUGUGCCUCAUCCGUGCACAUCUGCUCUGCAUUUUAGUUUAUUUACAUUAUACUCAUCCCUCCCUAUAAGGUGUUUCAUUUUAGGUUGCUUACAGCGCUGAGUAACGCCAGAAAACUGUUGCUGCUUUUGAAACUACUAAAAGUCAGUGGCAAAAUAACAUGGUGCAGGACUAGUAGUAUUGCUUCCCCAGGGGCUUGUCAGACAUUUUGGCUUCUGCCUCUGAAGUGGACAUUAAAGGUCAAGCCCCAAACUGUCCACUUCUGAGUAAAAACAGAGAGAAGGCAGCAAAAAAAACAUCCGAAUAGGGACCUCUUUUGCUAAGUACCUAAAGAAUGAUAACUUCCUCUGUCUAAAAACAGUUGACUGAGAAUCACUCCCCUCCCCAGGGCAGACUUUACACUAUUAAUAUUAGCCAUAGAAAAAAACCACUGUUAAACGUUCAUGUUAACUGUUCUUCUCUCUUCCCCUGUUAAAGGAAGGUUUCCUCCUUGGAGAUGUGAAAGGCGAAGCCAAGAACAGCAUUACUGACUCACAAAUGGAUGAUGUUGAAGUUGUUUAUACAAUUGAUAUACAGAAGCAUAUUCCAUGCUACCAGCUGUUCAGCUUUUAUAAUUCUGCAGGAGAACUAAAUGAACCUGCCCUGAAGAAAAUAUUAUCAGGCUGCAAAAAGAGCAUAAUAGGAUGGUACAGAUUCAGACGCAAUACAGACCAGACAAUGACAUUCCGAGAAAGACUUCUUCACAAGAAUUUACAGUCACACUUGUCAAAUCCCAGUCUUGUGUUCCUUUUAUUAACUUCCAGCGUGAUGACAGAAAGUUGUUCUACUUACAGACUGGAACAUGCUUUACACCGACCGCAAGAGGGUCUUUUUCAGAAAGUUCCUCUAGUGGUUACUAACUUGGGUAUGGCAGAACAGCAGGGCUACAGAACGGUGUCUGGUUCCUGUAUAUCUGCUGGCUUUGUGAGAGCAGUAAGGCAACACAGGUCUGAGUUCUUUUAUGAAGAUGGGUCUUUACAAGAGGUUCAUAAGAUUAAUGAAAUGUAUGCCACCUUGCAGGAAGAACUGAAGAACAUAUGCUCUACUGUAGAGGUCAGUGAACGAUCUGUAGAGAAGCUCUUAGCAGAAGUGAGCCAUUUAAAAGAAGAAAUAAAGAGAAAAAAGCAACACACAGAUUCUGUGGGAGAGGACAAAAAUCACCCGGGAGAGCCAAAGGAGAAUGUUUUCCUUUGUCAGGCUUUGCAAACCUUUUUCCCCGAUUCUGGACUCCAGACAUGUAUUGUUUCCUUAAAAGGCAGACAGAUAUUUAAGAACUGCUGUAACACUGACCAUAAUAUUAACAUUGUAGACAAACUGACUCUCAUGGUAGAGGAAAGAGACUUCACUGAAGCGGAAACAAGACAAUUAACCAAGCGUAAGGUCAGAGGGACCACAGCAGGACCAAAAUCAUUCAAGAAAUCAAGAUCACUGCAGCUUCACCAAAAAUUACUUCAAGACCAAGAAGAAAGUGACCAGGAAAGGAAGCUUACACUGAGUAGUACCGAAACAGAUGAGGAAGUGUUAGAAAAACUGAAAGAGACAACUGAAUAUCCACACUCUCCCACUUUCUGAUCACUUAGCUCAGUGAUUUGUCCACAUGACUACAACUGCACCAAAAGGUACUGCCAGAAUUUUAGAACUAUCUCCUAUCAAUUUUAGUACUGCAGGGAUAAAAAUGACAUACUGAGUUUUUAAAGCAUUUAGUUAUUUUGAAAUGCAUGAAUCCUGUUUGGCAUAUACAGAGCAGAGUCCAGAUCACAUUCCCUCAUUUUGCCUUCCAGAGUUAAGUCCAUUUUCUCUCUCUCAGGGUUUAAAUACCACACUAGUAGGGUAAAAGCAGCAAUACAUGUCACAUACUGCCUCAGAAGGAUACAACUUCAAGCUACCA